UCUUCCUGUUGGGUGGCAUAGAGGUUUGAAGUACAUUUUAAUGAACACAGCUUGUUCUUUUCUCACAGUGAACUGCCUCCUCCCAGAUCAUUAAGGCACUUAGAGCUUCUUUGUGAUUGAAAUUACAUUAAUGGCAGUUAACUUUUGAUACACAAGGUUGUAGGAUGAUAUAGUGAUGUGUCCAGAGGUACUCGGUCAAAAUUGGUGCCAGGAAAAAAAACAUGGGAAGAUGAUAUAAAAAUUUCUCCAGUUAUAUGAAUCAUGGUGCAUCUCUUUCUUCUGUAGGAGGAAAAGAAGAUCAAGAUCGGCUUUUAAAAAAAUCGCAUGACAUAGGAAACAAAAUGUCCCAGGCACCAGACCUCAACGUACUUAAGGGGUUGGAGAGAGAGGUUAUUUUAGAUGUUCUGUACCGUGACCAGAUGUUGAGAAAGGUGGAUGAAGAAAGAGUAAGGAAAUUGAAAAUGCAGCUUCAGCAACUUUGGCGGAAAAAGGAAAAAAGCACCAACCAUGACUAUCAGGAGAGGUCUUGUGCCCGCUGUCAGAAGUCUCUCGGAAUGCUGCUCAACAGAGGGGCGGUGUGCAACGGGUGCAGUCAUCAAGUAUGCUCUGGAUGUCGUGUUGCUCUGAAACCCUACCUGUGGAUGUGCACUGUCUGCUAUGCUCUAGAGGAUAUUAAAGUGAAAACAGGAGAGUGGUUUUUUAACAUGCGAGCAAAGAAAUUCCCGGCUGAAGGUAAACGUGAAACUGCCGGCGCAAAGCUCUUGACAACUUACCAGAAAUUAAGUAACAUAUCAGUGGUUCCUCCAACACCUCCUCCGUUUGCUGAAUCCACAACUGGAGUCAAUACAGUGGAAUCUGACCAUCGUAAAAGUUUCCACAGCUCUGUGGAAAACCUCUUUUUAUCUUUUACUACACAGAUUAAAAAAAUGUCAAAGUCCCAGAAUGAUGUGACAGCUGAGAAAUGUUUUCUAACUGCGGAUUAUUAGCAGCAAAUGGAUCCAGUGAAGGAGAGGAGAAGUCUCUCUGAUACUGCCAUAAAUACUGCAUGCAGGGCAAAUAGUAUUCCAACUCUUCACCGGCUUAUAAGUGGGGGGAAAGGCAAACCUGAAGUUGCUUUGGAAAGAAACUCUAGUGAAGAGAUUGUUCCACUGAGUCCCAAGAGUGACACUCUGUUUUCUCAAGGCAUACGAUCUGAUAGUUUAUGCAGCAUUAAUAGCACAUGCACUGAGGCAGGCAACUUUGAGGAAGCUGAUGUCAGCGGUGAAAUAGAAUUUGCCCUCAGAUAUGACUUCAAAGUUGGCAUUUUAGAAGUAUGCAUCAAGGCCUGCAAGAACUUGGCUUAUGGAGAGAAGGCAAAGAAAAAAUGCAAUCCGUACAUUAAAACUUAUUUGCUGCCUGAUAAAUCUGCUCAGAGUAAAAGGAAGACCUCUCUCAAAAAGAACACACUGGAUCCUGUGUAUCAAGAAACAUUAAAGUACAAGGUUGAAUACUCCCAGCUGGAGACGCGACAACUUCAAGUAUCUGUGUGGCACUGUGGCACUUUCAGACAACAAGUGUUCCUUGGAGAAGUGGUGAUACCAUUAAAAUCUUGCAAUUUUGAAGACAAUUCAGCUCUGUCAUUCAACUGGUAUCAGCUCAAAACUAAGCCUGAAAAAUCUGGAAGUUCUGUGGCCCAGUACAGUGGAGAACUUCUAGUCCGUGCAAAGCUGGUUUCACCUUCUCUGGGUAACAAGUUCCAAUACGAGGAGCAUCUGAAAGAAAAUGCAGAGCAUUGUAUAGAAGCCCAGGCACAACCUGGUUACCAGCUUCAUGUUAUGAUACUUGGCACCAAGAACUUGCCCAUGAUAAGACCUGAUGGCUUCUUAAACGCAUUUGUUAAAAGUUGUCUUUGCAUUCUGGGACAACGGGACAUAAAACAAAGGACGCCUGUGCUGAAGAAGCAAGCUCAGCCACAAUGGAAUCACUUGUUUGUCUUUAGUGGGUUUACAAUGUCUCAACUGCAUCAGUCUUGUCUGGACCUAACCAUCUGGGAUCAAGCACUGUUCGGUUUACGUGAUCAGUUCUUGGGUGGGGCACGGCUAGGAACACAAACCACAAUGGGCAUAAUGGAUGCAAGCUCUCAAGCAUGUCUUCAGUGGGAAAAGAUGCUCAGCAGUCCAAACACAUGGAUGGAUUUUGCACUUGCACUGUACCCUCAUGCUACUGCUUAUAAAUUCUAAACUGUCAAUUUCAGAUCGUCUCCUGCUGUAACAGAAGGAAGGGUACUUGUAGCAUUGGUCACUACCUGCCAAAACAAGUAUGGAAUGCAAGUUAUAUUAUCUCUGAAAAAUGCAUGCCAUGAAGAAACAAAACAGAUGUUUUCACCUCUCCCUCACAAUGCUGUAAAUCUGACCCUCCCCCCUCCCCUGAUCUCUAUCCAGCUAGACAAGAUCUCUUACAACUCUCCAAUGUUUCUGGGCAAUGGACUGAAUAUUAUGGCCAGAUGAAAACCUCCAAGCCAAAAAAAUCAAGGUAGUGAAGUUAAAUUAAGUUGUAUUGGUUUUCAGUAGAAGUAGUACUAUUCUAUAUACUGCUGGAAAACACAUUCCAUCUGGUUUGGUUAAUGGCAUUGCUCUCUGCAGACUCCAAAGACUUGGGCCCAGCUUCAGGCUAAGCAAUGGCAGAACUGUAGGAUUGGUGUGGGGCCUUUGCAGUUUGUUAUACCUGUUGUCACCUAUAUGACUAUUGGCUUGCUCAGCCAAGGUUGUUGGUAGGUGUUUAGUGCAAUAUGUUUUGGCUCUCGGGGAACAAGUUCAUUCUCUCAAGGCUAAGAUAGCUGACCUAGCGAAGACCCAAGCCGAUGGAUUUUUACCAGUCAUGGAAAAUGCAGGUCUUAAGAAAAUGACCUCUUAAAAGAG